ACUCAGGUUCCUGUGUUUGCGGAAGGAGGCUCGGGGUGUUCACAUUGAUCGCUGGGUUCAGGUGCCUGCCGGGUACCCCUGCUGUUACUGUUUUUCCUUGGUGACUGCCGAGCAUCUUUUGGGGGUCACUUUGAGGCCGUGAGCUCUGUUUCUCGCCAUAUGUUCUCUGCGGGUCCAGCAUCAUGGAUGCAUCUUGCCUGAGACUGUUGUGUUGGGAUGUUGGUCAAGUGAUGGUUUUAAAGCACUUCCCUCCUUCUCUCUGCACUCACUAGUGGCUCCCCACCGCCCCGUGAGGAGGUGCUUUCCCGCCACCCCCACCUCACCUGGGUCCGUGGGUUCCUGGGUUCCUGGGUUUGUGGGUGCCUAGGUUUGUGAGUUCUUGGGUUUGUGGGUUCCUGGGUCUGUGGGUCUGUGGGUUCCUGCGUUUGUGGAUUCCUAGGUUCGUGGGUUCUGGGUCCGUGGGUUCCUGGGUUCCUAGGUUCCUAGGUUCAUGGGUUCCUGGGUAUCUGGGUUCAUGGGUUCCUGGGUUCCUUUGUUUGCUGCCAGUUGCUUUGCUCUGUGUUACUGGCAGGCUACUGGGGAGCCAUCCUCACUUCCUGCACCUCGACAGGCUCCAGCUCUUUUCCCUGCCCCAGCCCUGCAAUCAGCCAUUUCUACACAGACUGUGAAGCCUGUUUUUAAAAUAAAACCCUAGUUAUUAUUUUUUCAAGUUAUAGUGUGGCUGCUGUCCCCUUUCUAAGGUUGUGUGUGUGCUUUGUGCAACCAGGAGGGUUCAGAAGGUGGGUGUGCAGCCCCUCGUGGUGCACGGUGUGAAGGGAGCUGGCCCUCGCCCUGCAGGAAUGGUUGGUGGGAUUAGGGAGGGAGGCUGACUUGUCAGCCAUAGAGCUGCGUCCUGUGAAGGCUCUGACGCUGAGACAGAGGUGAGUCCGGGCCGUGGCUGUGAGCUGGGGGCUCUGAGCUGGGACAGAGGUGAGUCCGGGCCGUGGUUGUGAACUGGGGGCUCUGAGCUGGGACAGAGGUGAGUCUGGGCUGUGAUGUGAACUGGGGGCUCUGAGCUGGGACAGAGGUGAGUCCGGGCCGUGGCUGUGAACUGGGGGCUCUGAGCUGGGACAGAGGUGAGUCCGGGCCGUGGCUGUGAACUGGGGGCUCUGAGCUGGGACAGAGGUGAGUCCGGGCCGUGGCUGUGAGCUGGGGGCUCUGAGCUGGGACAGAGGUGAGUCCGGGCCGUGGCUGUGAACUGGGGGCUCUGAGCUGGGACAGAGGUGAGUCCGGGCCGUGGCUGUGAACUGGGGGCUCUGAGCUGGGACAGAGGUGAGUCCGGGCCGUGGCUGUGAACUGGGGGCUCUGAGUUGGGACAGAGGUGAGUCCGGGCCGUGGUGUGAGCUGGCACCCCAGUUGCUGGUGGCUUUCCCCAGCUGACAUUGACCAGCAUUGGGUAUGCAGUGUGACUGGCUCUGAUUUGUGCUGCUUAGUUUGAGACAAUUUGAACGGAGCCGCUGCUGCGGAGAGACCUCCUUCUGAAGCAUCACAGUGGGCCCGGCUGACCGUGACCCAGCGCAGGACACCCCUCUUGGAGUCUGGGGCUCUUGGCUGUGGGCUGGAGAUGACAGUGGUGGCUGCCGAGGGUGGUGGGAGUGGUCAGCCCCGAGCGCGUGAUUUCAGACCCAGUGAGCCAGGUGGGCACAGCCUUUAGCUGAUGUGUUGUGUCCUCUGGCCUGGAACAGCCCCAUGGGUGGGUGGCACCUAUCAGGACCUGUGCACAGACCCUGCCUGGAUUUGGUCUGCCCGGUCUCCUGGACCUGGCAGCAGCAGGGCUGUGCCUGGUGACGGGAAGGCUCCGAGCCAGGCCGGGUGGCCCACUGUGCACGUAGCUGCUGUGUUGGUGGCGCCUUUGCCCUGGCCCUUGUUCAGGAAGAUGCUGGCUUUGGGACUCUAGGGAAGUGCCCAUUGGUUUCUGUCGAGAGCAGUUGUAUGUGCACAUUUUAAGUGUGGAAGGCAGGUAUUGAACCGGGUUGAAACCUUUCCAGCAUUGGCAGAAGUGUGCGUGUGAGUCUCCUUUGCCCUCUUACUUUACUGGCAGGUGGCAUGGCCCAAGUGGCUGGCGGUCCUUCCGAUGGGGCGGCCCACGUGCCUCCCACAUGCCAGGCUUUUGGGGCAGAUGCUUGUGAACACUGCUGCCUAUGGGUUGCUUUCAUUGGUGGAGGUGAGGCCUCAGCUUUGGCGUCCUGUCAGCCCUUAAUCCUUGCCUAGGAGCAGUCUGUGGACCCCAGAAGACUGGCCGGAAGCUGGAGCUGGGCGGCAGCGGAGGAUGCGCACCUUGGAGGCACAAAUCCUGAAGAGCCUGUGGGCACAGACCGCUCAUCUGUAAGGAAAGUGGAGACAUGACCUUGAGAUUUGGCUCAGAACUAGCAGUGCCGGGGCCUUCGAAAGUCUGAUGUUCCAGCACUCCAGUGCCUGUUGGUGUGGACGGAGGACACGGGGCCCCAACCAUGGUCACACUUAUCACUGAGAAGCUACAGAGCCAGAGCCUGGACGACCUCACCUGCAAGACCGAGGCUGGUCCGGGGGUUCCAGCGACUGUCUGAGGGUCCAAGCUGAAGCCUCUCCUCCCGAGAGCUGUAUUCUGCCGAAACCCUGAACAACAGCGGUCGUCCGUUCCCUUUGGAGCUCAAUGACCAGAGUCCCUGGAAGGUCUUAAGUGGAGGACGGCCCAUUGGAAGCCAGGCAGCCACGAGACCUGAUUUCUGCUUCCUGCCGGGCCUGUCUGCUGCUGCUCACACCAUGGGUCUUCAGUGGCGGCCAGAGUCCCCGGGCCCAGGUGUGGGCCUGGGUGCAGCCAGCACUGUGGACCCCAGUGAAAGUACAGGCUCGUCCACGGCCCCACCGACGAAGCGACAUUGCCGGUCCUUGUCAGAACCUGAGGAGCUUGUGCGCUGCCGGUCCCCCUGGCGCCCUGGCAGCUCCAAGGUCUGGACUCCAGUCUCCAAGAGGCGGUGCAACAGUGGUGGGAGCGCAACACUGCAGGGAAGCCCCGGUGCCGUCCUGCCGAGGAGUGCCGUGUGGUUGACCAGUGCCACCUCACCCGCCACGCCCCGGCCGUCCUCGGCCAGCAGCGGCUUCGUGGACAGCAGCGAGGGCAGUGCAGGCUCAGGCCUGCCCUGGUGUUCCGCAGAGCCCUACUUGCUCUCCGUGAGGCGACGCCUGUCCCUCUCACAGGAGCAACUCGCAGGUGUGGGCACUCCCCUGCCCUCGGCCAGCAGCAGCCCCACGUCCACGCCUGAGCUCGGCCGGCACCGCGGGCUGCUCCGGUGCCGCUCACAGCCGUGCGUGCUCAGUGGGAAGAGGAGCCGGCGCAAACGGAGGCGUGAGGAGGACGCCAGGUGGACACGCCCAUCCUUGGACUUCCUAAAAAUGACCCGGACUUUAAAAAAUUCAAAAAGCCUUUGCUCCCUCAAUUACGAAGAUGACGAUGAGGAUGACGCCCCAGUGAAGAUGGUUCUGUCCUCCCCGUGUGAAUCCCGGGGCCUCCCUGGCAUCACCAUGCCUGGCUGCAGCCAGAGGGGCCUCAGGACCAGCCCUGCCCACCCCAACCUGUGGGCCUCAAGGGAGUCGGUGACCGGUGAUGGCUCGAGCAGGAGCAACGGGGACCCCAGUGAUGGGGACAGCGCCGGGGAGGAGGGUGUCUUCCUCCGGGCCCGCGGGGAGCUGGACCUGGAGCAGAUCGAGAACAACUGAGGCUGGCGGGGGCUGGUUUGGGCCACUGCUGCCACCUGCACCUGCCCUGGGGCACAGAGUCGGUUUCAUUUGACUUAGAACAUUGAGGCAUAAUUUUGAUUCAGUUUUUCCUGAAGAGUAUUUUGCAUUUUUAUGGCUUUUGCAGUUCGGGAGAAAGCUUCUCUAUUUUGGAUGCAUUUCAGAAGGGCAUUUUAUUAAACAUGAAUCUGCAAACAGA